AUGGAUGAAAGAUCGCAUUUGGUGGAUGGUAACAAUGAAAAAAACACAGCUUUACAGGUAUCAACAGAGAUUGAUCUUAUUUCUCGUGUUAUUGGUGCCUUUAGUUCCUCUGUUCUUUGUGGGGAAUCAGAAUACUCUCUGUCUUUUAAAAAGCCCCACAAGAAGAAAUCAAGUGGGUUCAGAUCAGGGGAGUGGGGUGGCAAAACAUUUGCACAGGUUCUCAAGCUCCUAGAGACAAAAGAACUGUGCUUCCCUCUGCAGGCAGAACAGAAGGGAAAGAUGUGGCAGCUCAACUCCAUGACGAAGAGGUCCAGUUCCAAAGGGUUCACAUGGACAGACAAGGCUGUCGAAGACUCGGAUGAUGACGAGGAAGCUGAUAAAGAGGAUCUAGAGGAAUGUCUUUGCCCGGCUGAUUGUAAUAUCUGCAAGGAUAUGGUUGCAGCAUCUGGAGGAACGACUAACCUUAGUGUUCACCUAUUACGCCACCAUAAAAUUAAUUUACAACAUCAAAUUCGGCCGCGUGACAGAAAUAAUAGUGAACCCUCGUGUAGCACAAGUAAGACUAUCGGUGGAGGCGAUGAACCCUCAUCUAACACUAGCAAAACCGUUGGUGGAGGCGAUAAAGAAUCUUCUUCUGGGCGUUUUGUUUCGACUGUUAACCCAUGGAGCAUUGCUGAAAAAAGUAAACUAUCUUCCAUGAAGUCCAAUGAAAUUACCAAUGCUAUUCUAGCAUACAUAGUACAUGAUCUACGACCUCUGAACACCAUUGAAAGUCCUGUAUUUAGAAACAUGAUUAAAGCCAUGGAACCCAGGUAUCAGCCCCGUAACCGACAAAGACUCAGCGAACAAGUCAUUCCAGCAUUAUUUGAAACAGAGAAAGCAAAACUUUUUCAAGAAUUACAGAGCUCUCAAGCAGUCUCCCUCACAACAGAUGCCUGGACAUCUAGAUCUGCAGAAUCAUACUUGACAAUAACUUGUCAUUUUGUGAAUAAAGACUGGGAAAUGUGUUCCAGAAUAUUACAAACAGAAAAACUUCAUGGGUCACACACUGGAGAGAGAGUUGGAUAUGAACUUAAAACCUGUAUGACUAAUUGGGCUAUUCAGAACAAAGUUAAUGUAAUGACUGUUGACAACGCUUCAAAUAUGACGGUUGCCAUAGAGGUAACAGGUGCACAAAAAUUGGGAUGCCUAGCCCACACUCUAAAUCUUGCCUCAAAUAAAGCAAUGUCUAUUCAAGCUUUGCAAAGAGUUCUUGCAAAAGUGAGAUCAGUUGUCACCUAUUUUCAUAAAAGUAACAUUGCCACUGAGGUUUUAAAAGAGAAACAAAUUGCCCUGCAGUUACCCCAACACAAACUUAUUAUUGAAUGCAAGACCCGCUGGAAUUCCACUUACCAAAUGAUUCAGAGGUUUUUAAUUCAGAGGCCUGCGGUGCUUGCGGCACUUCUUGAUGAAAGGAUCAAAAAGUCUAAAGCAUUAAGUGGAAUGACAGAUCAUGAAGUUCAAAUUUGUGAAGACUUUGUCUCUGUCAUGGAGGUGAUGUUAACAGCUACAUUAGUUCUUUGUGAGGAGAAGACUCCUACCUCUGGACUGAUUUUGCCCCUGCUGGGAAAACUAUUGCAUCAUUUUGAGAGAAAGGAAGGGGAUUCUGAUUUCAUAUUAACAUUGAAAAAUGCUGUUGGACAGAAUCUUGCAACACGAUAUACUGACAAUAAUGUGCGAAUGUUUUUAGAGGAAUCCAGUGCUUUGGAUCCACGAACCAAAGGCAAGCCAUGUAUUCAAGCAGAAACUUGGGAAAGACUGGAAGAAAAGUUGUCUGUGAUGGACUUAAAUGUUAAUGCAAUCAAGACAGAGGCAGAUGCUAGACCAGUGAGACCAGUCAACAUUCCACAAGUAAAUCACAUUCCUCUGCCAGCACUUCCAACCAUUCUAGAUCACCUCAGGUCUGGUAGUUCAACUGAGGAUGAUUCAGAUAAUGAGAUUUCAAAACCUAGUGAACAAAAAGUACCAAGAACUGCUUUGGAGUCUUUGUUUGGGGAUGAUGAGGUUUUAGUCACAGGUGAAGAAUUCAUAACUCCUGCUGAAUUAGCAAGAAAAGAGGUAGAAAGCUACAAGGGACAUAAACCAGCCUCGAUGAAAGAAAACCCCUUAGCAUGGUGGAAGGAAAAUGAAGUUUAUUUUCCAAAACUGGCCAGGCUUGCUCGCACAUACUUUUGUGUACAGGCAACAUCUGUUGCCUCAGAGAGAGUGUUUAGUACUACAGGAGACAUUGUUUCUGCAACGAGAGCCUAUUUUCUAGAAACCCUAGGGACAACUGGUGCUGGUGGUGGAAUGAGCACAGCCGGUGCAGAUGGUGGCGUGGGCACAGCUGGUGCAGAUAGUGGAAUGUAUAGCCUCUGGAUCUUUGCGGGCGACAGAAAUGGAUCUGGAGAUAUGGGCUCUGUGAUUGGCUAG